GGAGUGGACGGUGAUGAACUGUAGAGGUGUGAGGGGUUCAUUCAGGGAGGAGUUCAUGGAGGAGGUGGAGGAGCCUCGGGAAUCAUUUACAUUACUGCGGAGAUUUGAACCCUCGCGACAAAAGAGCCAAUCAGCUUCUCCGGAUGCCGAUCACAUGCUCCCUCCUCUCUCCUCACGACUGCAGACGGAGCAGCAGCGCCGGGGCUGAUGGGAAGGCUCUGACGGACGCAGACAUGCAGGGAUGGUCGGGAGCGAACGGCUCCGUGUCUCCUCCGACGCUGAGCCCCAGCAUCCCUCCGUUCGUGAAGCUGGGCCUGACUCUGGCCUACACCGUCUUCUACUCGCUGCUCUUCUGCUUCAUCUACGCCCAGCUCUGGCUGGUGCUGCGCUACAGACACAAGCGCUUCAGCUACCAGACGGCGUUCCUGUUCCUGUGCCUGCUGUGGGCGGCUCUCCGAGCGCUGCUCUUCUCCUUCUACUUCAGGGACUGCGUGACGGCCAACGCUCUCGGACCCUUCUCCUUCUGGCUGCUCUACUGCUUCCCCGUCUGCCUGCAGUUCUUCACGCUCAGCCUCAUGAACCUGUACUGCGCUCAGGUUUUCUUCAAGGCCAAGUCGAAGUACUCUCCUCAGCUCCUUAAAUAUAAGUCUCCUCUCUACCUGCUGUUCUUCGGUGUGAGUCUGCUCUUUCUUCUGGUCAAUCUGAGCUGUGCUCUGCUGGUCAAGAUGAGUCAGGCUCAGGUCAAGACCGUGGUUCUGGUGCGAGUGACCAUCAACGACUCGCUCUUCGUCCUCUGCGCCGUCUCGCUGGCCGUCUGCCUCUACAAGAUCGCCAAGAUGUCCCUCGCCAGCAUCUACCUGGAGUCCAAGGGCACGUCUGUGUGUCAGGUGACCCUGAUCGGGCUGACGGUGGUCCUGCUGUACUCGUCCCGGGCCUGUUAUAAUCUGGUGGUCCUGGCUCUGACCGACAUCGAGAGCAUCAACUCGUUCGAUUACGACUGGUACAACGUCUCCGAUCAGGCGGAUCUGCGCUCCAGUCUCGGAGACGCCGGCUACGUGGUGUUCGGGGUCAUCCUGUUCGUCUGGGAGCUGCUGCCCACGUCUCUGGUGGUCUUCUUCUUCCGCGUGAGGAAACCGGCGCAGGACCGGAGCGGCUCUUCCAUUCCCAGCCACGUCUUCUCAAACCGCCCGUACUUCUUCGACAAUCCCAGGCGCUACGACAGCGACGACGACCUGGCCUGGGCUUCUCACCCCGUGACCACCUCCACCAGGUACACAAACACCACUGACCAUCACACUUAGAGAUAGCAGCCGGAA